AUGUGUGGGAUAUUCUGUCACAUUUCACAAAACCAUGAAAAUAAUAAGGAAACUUCACAGGAGUGGAAUGUUUGCAAGAAUUUAAUAGCUGCUCGUGGUCCUGAUAAGGUAGAAGAAAAAUUUGAAAAUUUAACUCAGAAUUGGUUUGGACACUUUGUUGGUUCUGUAUUAUGGAUGCAAGGUUCCAAUUUAACAGAACAACCUGCUUUAGAUUCUACUGGUAAUAUUCUCCUUUGGAAUGGAGAUAUAUUUUUAGGAAAUUUGGCUCGUGAUAAUAUAUGUGACACUGAUGUUUUAUUAAAUGCUUUGGAAUCAUCAUCAAAUGUUAUACCAGUAUUUCAAGAGAUACAAGGCCCAUAUAGUUUUGUAUAUUUUCAAAAAUCCACUAAUAUUUUGUAUUUUGGCAGAGAUAUUAUAGGAAGACAUAGUUUACUUUUAAAAGUGAGCAAUGACCAAGAUGUUUUAACUUUAACAUCAGUUGCCACUAAAGAAAUAAACAGAAUUAUAGAAGUUCCAGCAAUUGGAAUUUUUGCUGUGAACUUAGCUAAUUCAAGAAUAAAUCUUGCAUGCCACCCAUGGAGAGAGCCAGACUUGAGAUUUACAGAUAUUAUUGAAGCAGUGGAGACACAGUUGGGUGUAGAUAUUGACAUUAAAGAUACUAUAUUAGAAUCAGACACAUCAACAUGUCUCCAUCUGCAUCCAAAUAUUAAAGAUUUGGAAUAUUUAGAGAAUAGCCCUUAUUUUGAGGAUUGCCAUAGAACAUUGGAAUAUUUGUUAGAAAAUGAAGACAUACAGGAAAGAGUAGAUCAUUUAUUACAGCUUCUUUACAAAGCUGUAGAAGUUAGAAUAAAGAAGCAGCCAAAAUUUUGUAAAUCAUGUAUUAAAUUGGUAUUAAAUGGAGAAAAUAUUGUAUGCAAUCAUGCAAAAAUAGGAAUAUUAUUUUCUGGUGGUUUGGACUCUGCUAUUUUAACACUAAUUGCUGAUAAAUAUAUACCACAACAUGAACCUAUUGAUUUAUUCAAUGUUUCAUUUGAAAAAUCAAUUAACACGUCUAAAAGGCCUAAUACAAAUAAUGGAAAACAAGGUAUAGAGGACAGAUAUGAUGUUCCUGAUAGAAAAACUGGAAAGCAAACGUUUAUGGAACUUUCGAAUAUUUGCCCAAAUCGUAAAUGGAAUUUUAUAGAAGUAAACGUCAGUCAAAUAGAACUACAAACAUAUCGUUCCUCGCGAAUUAGUAAUUUACUAUAUCCACUUUGUACUAUAUUAGACGAAAGCUUAGGUUGUGCUGUGUGGUUUGCAAGUCGUGCAAAAGGUAUAAUCAAUUCAAGUACUAAUAUUUAUGAAUCCCCAUGUAGAGUACUUCUCUUAGGCAUGGGAGCAGAUGAAUUAUUUGGUGGAUAUAUGAGACACAGGACAAUAUUAAGACAUAAAGGUUGGGAUGCUUUGACACAAGAAUUAAAUAUUGAAUUAUCUAGAAUCUCUGAAAGAAAUUUAGGUCGAGAUGAUCGUAUUGUAUCUGAUCAUGGAAGGCAAUCUAGACUGCCAUAUUUGGAUGAGAACAUAGUAGAAUAUGUUCAGAAGUUGAAACCAUGGGAAAGGUGUUAUCCAACAGAUAAAAUGCCAUCAGGUUUAGGAGAUAAAUUACUUUUACGUUUGGUGGCAUGUAAACUUGGUUUCCAACACACUGCCAAUUUUCCUAAACGAGCCUUUCAGUUUGGAUCUCGAAUUGCUAAUGGUAAAGAGAAUGCUAAAGAUAUAUCGGAUCGUUUGUGA